CAUAUGCCUUCCCCACCCUGUAUCGUUAUGAACGAGAGACACAGCAGCUGAAGAAAUCUCAUCUCCGCGAUUUCUCCAAAGCUUGCUCUCUCGCAGAUUUAACUGAGACUUAACCUAACUUCAAUCUGCCCAUUACUCACAAAAUUCGACUUCUUUCUACGCCCUGUAGCUCGCAUUGUGUAUGAAUUUUGGGUAGUAAUGGCGUCUACCAUAGGAAUUGUUUCGCCAAUUGUCUAUCGCACUAAUUCUACGCAGAAAUUGAUCAUUACUAAUAAAUUUUCACAUGGUUUUUUCCUCAAUAGUCUCGAGCCCUUGAAGAAAAUCUGCGCUGUAUCUCCCAAUGGCUCUGUUUCUUGCUCUGCUUCUUCUUGGCCUGAGUCAAAUUCAGUGGAAAAGGUACAUGGACAAAGAAGCAGUCUUGAAUCUCUAUUUUGUUAUGAUAAGCCUAUCCCAGAGGAGAGGAUUGAGAAGCCAGUGGGACUAUCUUUGGCUGAAAAAGUAAUUGGAGAUAAUCCACAAUGCACCGAAUGCCAGGUGAAAGGUGCAGUCCUCUGUGCCACUUGUUCUGGUUCGGGAUUAUAUGUGGACUCAAUAUUGGAAAGCCAGGGCAUCAUUGUUAAAGUCCGUUGUCUAGGUUGUGGGGGCACUGGUAACAUAAUGUGUUCUGCAUGUGGUGGCCGUGGUCAUCUUGCAUCCAAAUAAGAUAUGUUAGCUCUAAUUCUUUUCGUCCUUUGGAUGGCUAGAAUGUUGUAACAUUUACACGUUCAAAUGACAUUUAUUAUUCAGUAUCCUAUGUAGUAACUUUUAUAAAUUCAUAAUUAUAAGAAAAAUGUGUAAUUCGUCUGAUUUGUGAUUGAAUUAUAAAGGUGUUUCUCUGGU